AUGCAUGUCUUAGUAAUAUUUUUUGCUAUUUUUGUUCUUUUUGCUGGUUUGUUUCUCUACCACUUAAAGUAUCGUAAACAAUUUGCCAAUUUUCCAUCACCACGUUCAUAUCCUAUUAUUGGACAUCUUGCUCUUCUCCGACCUGAUGUUAGUGGUAGAUUAAACCAACUAAUAGGGACAUGUUUACUGUAUUCUGAGUAUCCUAGAAUGGUUGUACUUUGGCUUGGACCUGUACCAGCUAUAAUGUUAUAUUCUGCUGAAUCUAUUGAAGCAAUUUUAUCUGGAAGUAAACAUUUACAAAAAGGAAUAUUGUAUAAAUUUCUUGAACCUUGGUUGGGUUUGGGAUUAUUAACAAAUCCUCCAAAUACUUGGAAGGGACGCCGUAAACAAUUGACUCCAACAUUUCAUUAUGAUAUUCUUAAAAAUUUUGUAUAUGUUUUUAAUUAUCAAUCAGAAAUAUUAGUUAGAAAUUUAAAUGAAAAUAUUAAGAAAUCAAAAGAAUAUAUUAUUUGUGAAACAUCUAUGGGUCAAUCUGUUAAUGCACAAAAUUGUGCCAAUUCUGAAUAUGUUAAAGCUGUCCAUGAGAUUAAUGAUAUCAUCCAAACAAGGCAAUUAAAUCCAUUAAUGUGGAGUGAUACAAUUUUUAAACUUUUUAAGGAAGGCAAAGCACAUGAUAAAGAUAUUAAGAUACUUCAUGAUUUUAGAAGUGAAGUUAUUGCAAAAAGAAUAGAACAAAUUGAAUUAGAUGGUGGAUUAAAUGUUAACCAAAAAUGCAACUUUUUAGAUCUUUUACUUGAAAUGAGAAGAAAUGGGGAAAUUACUUUAAAAGAAAUUGAAUAUGAAGUUGAUACUUUUAUGUUUGAAGGUCAUGAUACAACUGCAACUGGUUUAACGUGGAUUCUUCAAAUUUUGGGAUGUUAUCCUGAAAUUCAACAACGUAUUAGAGAUGAAUUUUUUUCCGUUCUUGGUUACGAGUUUACUGAAAUUUCAUAUGAUGAAUUAGGACAAUUGAAAUAUUUAGAAUGUUGUAUUAAAGAAUCACUUCGUCUUUUUCCACCUGUACCAUUAUUUGUUAGAAAACUUGAUCAUGAUGAAAUUGUUUUUGGAGAAUAUCAUAUACCUAAGGGUACAGAGAUUGUUGUUAAUUCAUAUUUAACACAUAGAGAUUCUAAGUAUUGGCCGGAACCUGAGAAAUUUAGACCAGAACGCUUUAUGCCACCAGAAUCAAAUAAUAGACAUCCAUAUGCAUUUGUUCCAUUUUCUGCCGGUAGUAGAAAUUGUAUUGGCCAAAGGUUUGCCCUUCUUGAAGAAAAGAGUGUUCUUGUUCAUUUAUUAAGAAAUUUUAAAUUAACAAGUAUGAAAAGAAUGGAUGAAAUUAGAUGUAAAAGUGAACUUAUAUUAAGACCUUUAGAACCAAUAAUGAUAAAGAUAGAACCCUUAUGUUAG